AUGAACAGAGCCUCAUGGAAUCCGUCCUAUGACUUUAUCGUUGUAGGAGGAGGCACAUCUGGAUCGAUUGUCGCCGGUCGAUUAUCAGAGAAUCCCAACUUUACCGUACUUCUCUUGGAGGCAGGAGGACCUGUUUCACUCACCAGCGACAUGGUGCCGACGUUUUACUUCUUUGACAAUGAAUGGGGAUACUACACGGUGCCCCAACGGCGUUCAGCUUUUGGACUGCGUGAUCAACGAGUGCCGGUCCCUAGAGGAAAAAUUCUCGGCGGUUCUCACGCCGUCAACUUUGCCUCCUACACUCGAGGCAACCGACGCGACUUUGACAACUGGGCGUACACACACGGCGCCAGAGGAUGGAGCUACCAGGAGAUUUUGCCCUCGUACCUUCGCUCGGAAAACAACACCGACCCGACGGUGGUGGCCGCCAACCCGAUGUUCCACUCGACGACCGGCCCAGUGGAGGUGUCCACACUGCCCGAUCGUGACCCCAUUCUCAACCGUUGGCUACAGGGCGUCUCACAGUUGGGAGUACCGCUGACUGACUUCUCCAAUCUGGUGAACCAGUACGGGUCAUCGGUGCUGCAGACGACGCAGUCAAAGACCAACUGGACUAGGCAGACGACCGCAUCGGCCUUUCUAGAGGUGAACAUUGCCCGGCCCAAUUUGCACGUUCUCGUCAACUCUCACGUCACAAGGGUGCUCUUCAGUGGCAACAAUCAGCAGUCAAUGAUGGGCGGCGCAGCUGCGCCCACUGCAACCGGCAUUGAGUUUGUGCGCAACAAUCAGACGUAUCAGGUGAUGGCCAACAGAGAGGUGAUUCUCUCAGCGGGCUCAAUCAACAGUCCGCAGAUUCUCAUGACUUCAGGCGUUGGCCACCGAGACCAUCUUAGCUCGCUGGGCAUUUCCGUAGUGGCCGAUCUGCCCGUCGGCGACAACCUCUACGAGCACCUGGCCAUUCCAUUUGACUUUUGGGUGACCAAUGCUUCGGAUAUAACGCUGUCUAGAAACCUGAACACCAUACUAACGGUGCAAAAUCUCUACCAGUUUUUGAAGCUUUCCCAGGGACCACUGACACGAAUGCCCAUGACAGAGACGUACAUUGGCACUGGCAUCAACGGCGACAAUGACUGGCCUGAUGUGAACCAGUACCUGCUCAUUAAUCAGAUUGGCAAUGUCGACUCAAUGCUUGACGUCUACAGUCAGUCAAAUCGAGAAGAGUGGCGCAGCUAUCUGACUCAGUUUGAAAAUGACAAUCGCCACGUGUGGAUCGCCUAUUGUUUGUUUCGGCCUCGAACUCGUGGCACAGUGCGCCUAGCCUCUGCGAACCCCUUUGUGGCACCGCUGAUUGAUCCGAACUACUUUGGCGACCAGCAGGAUCUGGCGGCGUUGGUCAAGGGCAUGGUCACCGGUUUUCAGUACGUUGAAUCGCCCUACCUGGCCCCUUACUUUCGCUACUCUGCUCUGCCUAACCCAGGCUGCUCGCUGUGCCCGGGGCGCACUCUGAGCCAGUGUCCCAGCUACCUGGCCUGUGUGGCGCAGACGUACACGUACACCACCUACCACCCGGUGGGCACCUGCAAGAUGGGCAAUGCCAGCAGUACUGAUGCCGUCGUUGACGAGCGCCUUAGGGUGCGCGGCGUUCGCAACCUCAGGGUUAUUGACUCCAGCAUUAUGCCGGUGAUUACCAAUGCAAAUACUAAUGCACCCUCGAUGAUGAUCGGGGAGAGGGGUGCUGAGCUAGUGCGGCAGGACUAUGGACUUUUUACCGGGUAG